CGUCGUGACAGCGCGAGCCUGUGUGACAGUAAUUCACCCAGACCUUGGAUGUCUCAUCAGCUGCAUAGAACUACAGAAGUACUGUAUAAUACUUCUUUAUGCAGAGUACGGCACCAGCCCCGGUCAGAGCUCAAGCAUUCAUUGGAUAGGGGACUCGUUCGGAAUCAUUAGCUCAGUUACUUGUUUCGGUGUGUUUUUAUGUGUAUUUCAGUGGGAAGUGCGAAGGCCCGGAGCGACUCCCCCGAACUUCAGCGCUGCUUCUUCCAGCUCAGUAAUUUGGGGAUGGAUCCCGUCAUCCUGCUGGGUGGAUUUUCGGCAUUUCAAACCCUGUACCCAUUCCUCUGCACACCGCGCAUGAUCCUGGUAGAACUCGAGCGGCAAAUGCUCACCAUUUACCCGUCAGAGAUUCUGGAAGGCGCUCUCUAUCAGGGUUCUGCCAAACAGGCUUCUGACUAUAAGAUCAUCAAGAACCUCCACAUCAGCCACGUGGUCAACGCCACCGCCAACUGCCCCGACGCUUUCCCGAACACGCUGAGCUACCUGCGGUUGCGGCUGACCGACGACGGCCAGCAGGAUCUCGUGGAGGCGCUGCCGCUGGCGUCCAGGUUCAUCAACGCGGCGCUGAGGGCCGAGCCGGCCGGGCGGGUUCUUGUCCACUGCAGCAUGGGCCGGAGCCGCAGCUCCGCACUGACGCUGGCCUUCCUCAUGCAGCAUCAGCACUGGUCGCUGCUGCACGCCCUGCGCUGGCUAAAGGAGAGAAGGGCGUGCACAGCGCCAAAUGUGAACUUCCUGCGCCAGCUUUUGACCUACGAAGAGCAACUCUUUGGGAGAAGACUCACCUCACUGGAUGAUAUCCGCCGAUGA